AAUGGGUUAAUUUUCGGUUUGGUUAAAUUAUUAACACCCAAGUUAUAUCCUUCUCUUCAUCGGAAAAGGUAUAGUUAUCUCCUGAAUAUAGUUCGCUCGUGUGUAUAUAUGUAAUACUUCAUAUAUUAUGUGAAACGGGGUUUAUGCGAUUUUUAGGUUAUAACAAGGAAUUUUAGCUCUUUAGAAGUCUGAAUUCUUCCAGGUAAUUCUUCCGUUACUCAUUCAGGGUCUUUUUUAUUGUUACGUUUCAAUUAGUAUAUGAUAAAUCCUAGUGAAUUAUCACUAAUAAGCAUAUAGCUAUAUUAAUAUCUGUUCUAGCAAAUCUCGAGGGUAAGCGAGAAUCGAAUCCAGGACGACAUGAAAUAGCCCUUAAUACUUGAGUUAUCUGGUCGCGGUAUGACUUAGUGUACUUUGAUUUACCAGAAUAAGGAUAAUAAUCUAACAUAUUGCAUCCAAUUCCCCUUUUUUGCUCAGAAGAUGAGGCCUAUUGUUAAAAGACGUCGCAAAAUCAGUGACCCUGCAAUGGCGGACGAUCUGAUUGGGAACUUGCCUAUGCACUUAAUAAGUUGUAUUUUAGAUCGCAUUCCAAUAAUAGAUGCCGCAAAAACUAGUAUUCUGUCGAAAACGUGGAGGAAUAUAUGGCGAAGCCGUAGUGAUGUGAACUUAGGACGCCCAUUUAUGAACCAGCUGGUCUCCGGAAAAGAUAGAGAUGAAUGGGAUUAUAUUUAUUCAAGGGCUGUCAAGAGAAUUCUGUUAGCUCACGAGGGCCCAAUUGUGAAGUUUGUUAUGCACAAACCUCCACUUACUUUUUUUAAACCAUACUACGGUUCCUGGAUGAGCAUGAUGGCCUCUAAAGGGGUUAAGCAUAUAUCGAUGAUUAGUGAAACUAAAUUUCCUCUAGAUGAUAUGCCCUCUCAGUUUUUUUCAUGUUCAGAGUUGGUUUAUUUGCUGCUUGUUAGAUACAGCCUCAAUGCACCCCCAAAUUUUCAGGGUUUCUGUAAUCUGACAUCGGUCUACCUUAUUUCUGUCACAUUUCUCGCUGACAUGUCAUUUGGACCUCAGCUCACCGCGUUGUCUUUGAUCUUCUGUUGGGGUAUUCAACAUCUGGUCUGCCAAUUUACACGUCAUAAUAAAAAUCUCAACAAAUUUGAGCUCGUAAGAAGUGAAAAACAAGAGGUUUUCUGGGCCAUAAUGUAUGAUAAAGACUACUCACUGACCAGCACGAAAGAACGCAUUAACCUACAAAGGUUUCUUUGCUCCACACCUGAAAUUGCUACUCUUAUACUUGAUAGCUUCUGCCUCACGGCAUAUAUUUAUGCUAGUGCAUCUGUGCAGUUUUUGGAUCCAGAGCAAGGUAUGCUGAUAAGGCUUAAAACGGACAUGGAGAACAUGAAAAAACUUGUAUUGCACAAUGUUGACUUCUAUGAUUUACGUCAGAUAUCGAGCAUGCUAUGCUUGGUCAGAAGUUCCCCCAACUUGCAAAGCCUUAAGAUAUCAGUGGGGAAUAAAGGGAAGAGAUUGAAACCUGUGGAGUUAGCAGCUGAGCAGUAUUAUACAUCGCUAGAUUGCAAGAAGAUGGUCCUACACCAACAUUAUACCGUGGAAAUAGGUGAGGCGGAGAAUUCAAAAGCUGAGAUACUUUUCAGAGAUUAUAUCCGCGCAUCUUCCCCUUCACUUAAAAGAUUGUACUGGCAUUCCAAAGUGCUAAAAGAGUUCGAUUAUAAGUAUUUUUCAUUUUAGUUGCAACUGUACUAGAAACUGUAGCUCAACACUUUUUUUUACAGCUUUGUUGACAGAGGAUGUUGCCGCAAGGAAAUUAGUUAAAUUAUAAAUUUGUUUCUUCCAUUCCUUUGUUUGUAUCAUACUUGAAGAACAAAAGACAAACAGCUCCAGUUCUGAGCUUUGGCCAAUAUUAGUAAGCAACCUCUAUAUCAUCGCUUGCUAUGAGUUCCGAGAGUAUAAAUUAUUAUCUCUGUAGAAUCAACAGGUCUUCAAAUCGUUCAUUUAACCUCUUC